CGAACUAUGAGUGAGGCCGAGGCCGGGCUGAAGGAAACUCAGAAUCUCAAUAGCGAGCUACCUGCGGCGGUUGGGUCCGCGACAUCGGCUGUAUCCCUGAACGCAGCCACCGCCGCCGUUCCGGCCAAAGUGGUGACCAUACCGGUGCCAAUUCUGCAGUCGGAAGGAAACUUUGCCUACAUUACGGUCAAGGGAUCCCUGCACGAUACGACCUGCACCAUUUUCGGACUCAACCAGGCGGAAAUUCAGGCUCUGUUCAAGCGCUUCGAGAGCGGAGUUAAGGCGUGCGUGAAUGGUAUUAUGGUGGCUGUGCCGCCGAUGGUUAUGCUAAACACUCUGGCCCAGCUAAGCUAUAAGGUUGUCUGCAGUUGCGGCGAAGCUGAAAUUUGUUGGACUAUGCAGCGUGAGGUGUAA